GAUCUGCGUUUUGGGGACGAAUUUGAGCGAGAUGGAUGCAAUCAGCCAAUUACAAGAGAAAGUGAAUACAAUCGCGACAAUCGCGUUCACUACCAUCGGAACGCUGCAGAGGGAUGCGCCGCCGGUCCGAAUCUCUCCGAAUUACCCAGAAGCCGGAUCUGGGCCGACUCCGGCUCCGAAUCCGAACCCGACCCCGACCCCGGCAGCGGACAGUGACGCGGAUUUCGCGAAGCAACCCAAGCUGAUGAGUGCUGAGCUAGUGAAGGCAGCUAAGCAGUUUGAUGCAUUGGUGGCGGCACUUCCGUUGUCUGAGGGGGGAGAGGAAGCUCAGCUGAAGAGGAUUGCACAACUUGAGGCUGAAAAUGAUGCUGUGGGCCAACAACUUGAGAAGCAACUGGAAGCUGCAGAGAGAGAAUUGCAAGAGGUCAGAGAGUUGUUUGGACAAGCAGCAGAUCACUGUUUGAACUUGAAGAAACCAGAAUGAAGAGCCUAGUGCAAGCAGCAGUUAUUGACGUACAUGUUAAUGGUGUAAGUUUGAUUAGGAAGAUGUAAUUUUGACUGGAAGAAGGGCCAGAAUUUCAAAUAUAACUGACGGUAUUUAGAAACCACCUUUUAUUUGUGGGCAAA